AUGCAAAAACUAUUGGCUUUGAUUUUGACUUUAUCGAUAGUCUAUUCGAUUGAUCCAAGUAUGGUGCAAUUAAGCACAGAAAAAAUGGAUGAGUUAUCGCAAAGCAAUUUGGGGAAGUUUAUAUUAGAAAUGGCCCAAACACAUGCCGAAAUGAGAGGCCCUCUUGAUGAUUUGGUUACUGCAAUUGGUGACUUGGAAAAUGAAUUGACUGCUGAACUACAACAGUUGGAAGAUGAUUUCACUAGAUCUACUAAUUAGCAUCAAGUGACCCAAGAGAACCUCGAUAUCAAUAUUGGUUAAACAGAAAUCAAUAUUUUCAAUGAAAAAGACUUUAUCGAUGCCAUCCUCCUACCAAGCAUUGAUUAAACUAAUGCAAAGAUUGAGAGAUUGAAUGGUUUCAUGAAUGACAACCGAGACGCUUUAUCUAGGGAAACACUUGCUAGAUAAAACCAACACCAAGCCUAUUUGGAUAGAGUGAGUGAACAUCAAGGAGCAAUCAGUGCAGUUGAUGAAGCCUUGCAAUUGAUCAACUCCUUAAUCAAUGGCAAUGUCGCCUUCUCAGAGAAAGCCACCAUCCAUCAGGCAGUCAAGAGAGUCAAUAGCAAGAUUCAGAAGACCAGCACAAUACACCCCCUUGUUGAAGCCUUGCUAUAAUUGACAUAGAAUUUUGCAGAUCAAGGACAGGCUCAGAAAAUUAGAGACUUGUUGUAAGACACCAGAAAUCAGUUGGUUUCUAGUCUUAACUAAGAAAACACUGAUGAGUAAUAAAUCUAAGAAACCUGGGAAGCAAGAUAGAAAACUUUGAAUACAGAAUACUAAGAAUUCAAACGUUCUGUAUUGGAGGCUACUUACGUGUUGGCAGCUUAUCAAAAUAAAUUGAAGUCAACUUAAGAAGCUUUGACAUAAAACGAAUUGGACUUACAAAAUUACAAUGAUUCUUUAUAAUAGGAUAAGGAUGCUUAAGCCUAGGAAAUCCAAAUAUAUAAUGAACUGAAGGCUCAAUAUCAAAUUCAACUAUAGACCACUAGAAAUGCCAAGGAGUUCGUGAAUUCUGCUGAAUUUAGCACUGUGAUUAGAAACAAGUUAAAUUCGGGAGGAAUAUGACAUAUUCAUCUAUAAAUUACAAAAAUGUAAACAUCAUCGAGCUU